AUGGCCCUUCGAGCUUUCUUCGUGCUCCUGAGCUUCGCGUGUGCCUUCGGGCAGGACAUGGACGCCGCUUUGGCAUCGGAUGACGCGUGCGCCGUGGGGGAAGACUGCAGCCUGGAGCUCCACCAGCUGCGCGGCAUGAAGGUCGACUACCUUGAGGCUUUGGAGGAUGCCUCUGACGAUCAGGAAGAUGAAGAGGAAGCCGUGUACGUUGAAGAGGAGGCCGAGCUGGAGGGCGGCGGCUGCACGAAUUCCAAUGACAUGAAGGUGUGGAAGCACGGUGGAAGGAAGAGCUUCGAUGCGUCCCUCAACCACUGCGGCCGCUCCUGCGCCGCCGGCUACCCAUGCACCAAGGAUUGCAUGCAGAAGAAGGGCUACUCGAGCGGCUGCGCGGGCUGCAUGGCCCAGCUGGUGGGCUGCUCGAGGGACCACUGCAUGAACCAGUGCAUCACCAAUGACAAGUCUCCAGCCUGCACGCACUGCGUCAAGUCCAGCUGCCGCCCCAAGAUGAAGGCUUGCAGCGGGCUCAACGCCGGCGGGCACUGA